CUUACACUAAACCAUCCAAUGAUUUCAUGGCUCCAAAGACCGUAGAUGUACCCAGGUAGCUCGACCGAUGUUACCGAACGUUGUUGAGAUUGAAAGCUUGAAACAAAUAAUAAUUUCCCACAGGCAGGGCUCGGAAAACAUAUCUCACUUUGGAUUGUAACCACCAUCAUCUCUUCCCUUCCUCUUUUCCGCCUCGAGUCCGCCACGUUCCCCCUCUCUUUCUUUGUUCGCCUCAUCAGCGAACCUAAAUCACACAUUUGUGGAAUCUAUAAAAAAAACUGACUCAUGAAUCAUUCUCCCGCGGCUCCAUACUCCAGUGCGACAACUCCCAGGUCUUCCCUAACUUCCUCUACCAGUGGCCCUCGUACACCUCGUACACCUCUAACGAAGUCCGAUGGCUCGGCUAUCCGUGCAAGUGCCGCUCGUGCAUCUGUCUUCGAUGCAUACCUUAAGCUUGGGAUGUUUGAAGAAAACAGUCCAUUAGCAACAUGGGUCUUUAACGACGGGAGAAGUGCAACUAGUAAUACUACCUGCUGCGACUUUCCUAGUACGGAUACAGUUGGAUCUUCUCCCCAGGCGUGUCGAUUCAGAGAAAAAUCCGGAAGCAGGUUUAGAGAGAGGUUAGAUAGUGACUCUCCGAUAUUCGUGUUGAACAACUGGAAGGAAGACGAUGAUGACAGCGGAUCUUCGCGCUCGUCAAAGAACAGCAAGCCUUCAGGACGACCGCUGCAGAACCGAUCAACGGCUAGUCAACGGCAAAAUACGAUUAGCUUUGCGUCUAAUAGUACUACUGCUGUCGUCCCGCAGCAGCAGUCAAACGCAGCCCGGCGACCAUUUUCGAUCUUUCGCACAAGACGUCCGCGUAUUUCAUCCGUUUCUGAUCUCUCUGUGGCCGGGGAGGAAGUCCCUGUAACAUCAAGGAAGAAAAUCACCAAGAGGCCCCCAUUCUCCCGUGUUCAAACCCAUCCACCUCCAAUGCCUAGCACCGUCGCCUACCGUCACGAAAUCGACGAAGAUCAACCACUAUCUCCUCUUCGCCGGCCGAGUGUUACCAGCUCUAGCGAUUGGGAGAAGAUCGAUCCACUAUCGUCGUUCGAUUUCAACACACUCGCUUCCACUGACAACCCUUUCUUGCACGGACCCCAGAGCUCGACACCGAAAUCGAGACGUUAUGAUGGCCCACUAACAGAAAGCAUUACAUCCUCCUCCCAGGUCCAGAUACCUUUCCCUUCGACACCACCACCGUCACCAUCCACGUUGAUGCAACGGUUAUCUGCUGUCGUUACGCGUCCUUUCCACAUCAGCAGCAACCGUGGGCAACGUCAUUCCGAUUCACAUGCGCGGCCAAAGGUUCAUUCAUUACGCCGUACACAGUCGAGUGUCGCCGGAGACACUACGGCUGCGUCCAGUAGGCCGUUCCUAUCGUCAACUCCUCCUUCUGUGACGAUACGGAUGCACCGGUUAACGCCGUUUAUGAGCCACUCAUGAACUUGGCGACGUUUUCCUUUCCAUUUUUGUUCCUGAAUAAUGUGAACCUAUCAUCAGGACUCUGUUUUCUUCUUCCCUUUCUUGUUCCUUGGUUCUGUAAUAAUGCUACAUAUACGGCUUGAUGUGGCAGAUUUUGCACUUCCCACGUCUUGGGUUUCAUAGAGGGUGGUCUAACAUAAUAACCUAUUUAUUCACGAAGUUUUCGUUCUUACUACUUACAUAUGCAUGCUUUACUCACGACCGAUACGAGAAACCUUCAUGCAGGUUUUCGCCUUUGCCUUGUUACUCUACUUUCGGUUUCUCUGGUGCUCGACUGGUAUAAUCCUUAAAUACUGUAGGCUUACUGUUUUGAAAUAUGUAACUUUCUGGUUUAGAAGGACUUACUAUAAAUCCAUGUAUGUAUCCUUCGAGAUAUUGUUUUAUCAAACCGAGGUAGCGUA